AUGUACCUAAGACUGUUUAGAGAAUCAAGAUCUAAGGAAUAUAACUCUUCAACCUGCAUACACAAUCCAUUUAAUUCGGAUAUUAUUUCCAUAUCAGCAUCUGAUGUCAUGUUUCUUUCAUUGCCUUUCAUAGUAAAAUCGCAGGACAGGAUGUGUUGCAGGAUUCUGGAAAUUCAAUGCGAUAAGAGGCUGCAAGAUACUAUAAAGAAUGGGGAUAUAGAAUCCCUAAGUGUUUUAAAGAGUCAAAUACCUGGGCUAGACUAUGUUGUAUUUGUGAAGGGUUCAGGCCCACAUGAUAUUCAGUAUGAUUAUCAGCAAGACAGACCUCCUAAGGAGAUAAUUGUCAUAUGUAAGUGUGCAGAGGCAGUUCUUCGAGGUGCUCAGGUAUAUGUUCCAGGUAUAUUAGCACACAAUGCUCAUGUUGAGAAAGGGGAUUUAGUUGCAGUUUCAGUUGGUGUUGAACAGCCUAGUCGUGACAAUGGAUGGGCUAUUGGAAUCACAUGUGGCAUUGUCCUACAAGAACUCAAAACAGAUCCUCAAUAUCUUGCAAGAGAUGGAUUAUAUAUUAGUCAAGGAACCACAACCAUGUCAAGGGCAGGAAAGUUUCAUGGAUUAUUAGGUCUUGCUGUGGAUAUGACUUAUAGAGUUUUUAAAUUAACAUCCUUUAAUGGGGGACAUAUUUCUUCAAAACCUGUCAAGCAUCAUCACUGCACAUGUCUUAGAUCCACAAGAGGGAGAAAGAAUAUUGGACAUGUGUGCUGCCCCUGGUGGAAAAACAACUGCAAUUGCUUCCCUUAUGAAAGAUAAAGGAGAGGUUAUUACAGUUGAUAGGUCUCAUGACAUGGUACUUGCUACAUUUUGUGAUAAUAUUCUUAAAAAUGGUGAAAGUGAGAAAUUGAACGAUGAAGCCGUUGAGGACAUGCUUGAGAAGGUAUGUUAAAAUUUUGUUUGCUCAAAAGAUGUAAAUGCCCUCAUCAUCAUCGAAAGUCUCCUGUGCAGCAAAUGGUAAGCAGAAGCGAUUGAGUUUUUGAACUAAUUUGCAGGUAGUAAAGUUGCUUGCCUACAUUAGUGAUAAAGAUCUAUUUGCUGAAAUUUACAGGAAAAAACUUGCUAGGAGGCCUUGUUUGUACUUUGUAAAAUGUAGGAUUGGGCACUUGAGUUGGAAGAAGUUUUCAUAGGUUUGAUAAGUUUGUUCCAUAUAAAAAUACAAUCAAGAACAAGAUUCUCCUUUAGCAUGGUUCUCGUUUGACAAACUAUAUUGGUAUUUUAAGCCAAGGAUUGCGAAUAGCUCCCCCUGAAGCUCCUGCAACCGGCUACAUGCAUACCAUUAUGAUGGUUCAACUCUACAUGCUCGAGAAUGAAGAAAGGAAAACGUUGUAACCCCAUAUCCGAAUAUAUUCUAAUGUUGUUGGCACAUAGAGAGUUGUUGGCACAUAGUAAGCUAGAUGAUGCAAUUGUAUAUAAAUGAGUUCAUUUUUUAAUAGCAUUUACUCACUAUUGGAAUAAUUAUUUGUACUUGACAUAUUAG